UACAGUCACCAUUCAUUCAAUUUCAGACCACUGAAACACCUCCAGUCGUCUUCCGAAUCCCCUCUUUCUUCCAUUUCUUUGUUUCCUCCGCUCUCCCCACCGCCACGAUUCUCUCUUUUUCAAACCAUCGCAUUCGAAAGUUUAGAUUACAUAAAUGGUACACAUUUCUAGAUGCAAUCCAUGCCUUCAGAUUCUGGUCUAGUUUCGUCUCAAGUAUCUGCAUUGAAAUCUUUGCAAUCUGCAGAGGUGCAUACGCAGCCUUCCCAUGGCACUUUCUGAGCAUCAUCCACAACAAUCACAACAAGAAGAACCCUUCAAAGAUGACGGUGCUGCAUCACCAUUGCAGAAACAAAACUCCUCCAUCUUCUCGCUUACUCUCGACGAAAUUCAACUCAAAAGUGGAAAGAGUUUCGGCUCCAUGAACAUGGACGAAUUCCUCUUCAACUUAUGGAAUGUCGACGACAAUAAUCAAGCCACUUCGCAACCCAACCCAACCCAUCCACACAACAACAGCAAUGAUAAUGAUAAAAUGGGAGUCGAAAACCAACCCACAUUGACCCGCCAGAAUUCAUUUUCCCUUCCUAUUCAACUUUGCAAGAAAACUGUAGAGGAAGUGUGGGCGGAGAUCCAAAGGGACGUCAAUCCAUCGCAGCUAAGCAUCGACAAAUUUCAUGUACCGCCUCAGCGCCAGCAGACCUUUGGAGAAAUGACAUUGGAGGAGUUUUUGAUCAAAGCCGGAGUUGUACAAGAAGCAGUGGCAGCAGUGAGGCCUAGUGGCAAUGUGGAUCAUCAUCAACCGAAAAUGGUGGCUGCGCCAACGAUGCAAACCAGCAAUGCGAGCUUUGGCAUGGGGCAAAUGAUGGGAUUAGGGUUUUCUGCUCAACAAAAUGUGGGGAGUAAUUUGUUGGUGAAUGGUUAUGCAACCUACCCGAUUUACACACCGGCUAAAAGCAUGGUGGGAGAGUUGUCGAAUAACAGUGAAAAUGAGAAGAAUCAUAGGAUGGUGGAGACUGGUAGUUUAAAGAGCAAUAAGAAGAGGAUCAUAGAUGGCCCGCCGGAGGUUGUCGUUGAGCGGAGGCAGCGGAGGAUGAUCAAGAAUCGAGAGUCUGCUGCUCGAUCUCGCGCAAGGAAACAGGCGUACACAGUAGAGUUGGAGCUAGAGUUGAAUCAGCUAAGAGAAGAGAACGAAAAGCUCAGACAAAUUGUGAAGGAAUACGAGGAAAAGCGAUUGAAAGAGGGUGAAGAGGACAUCAAUGGCGAGAAAGAAGGGUGAAAAGUGAAGGAGAAUGAAGAGGACUGCGAGAGCAAUAUGGUGAACUGGAUCUUCACAAGUAACAUAAUUAAUAAAAUUAGGCCGCAUAUUUAAUAAUAUGAUUUCUUUGUGUU